ACACAGGUGAACUCCUGUUGGGUGGAAUGCAGCAGGGAGGGGGCCUGCACACAGAGGUGUAGAGCUUUUAACUUAGGGUGGGAAGAGGAUACCGUUAAGGUAGAGGAAGGGAGUGAACUCUCUCCGUCACACACACUCACCUGGAGAAAGGGAGUGUAUGAGUGUGUGUGCGCGUGUUUGUGUGUGGGUGGGUGUGUGUGUGCGCUGAGGGUAAAGGAGGGAUCAAGUCACAGCACACUCCGUGGUUUUCACUCAGUUGCUCUGAGUCUCACUGUCUCUCAUAUCUUGCUCCUGCACACAACAUACGCAGAGACGCACACACACACACACACGACUCAAGUGAGUUUGAGGGCAGAUAAGUAAAUCUUUGACCUGAGCAGACUGUACAGGAAGGAAACAGCAGUGACAGAGAAGAAACGUGGAAAGUGUUUCUUCAUUUUGGGACUUUUACCUGGGACUCAAGACCUUGAAGAAGUGUUUUUGUUCUCUCUCUACAGGUGGAUACAAACUUUUCCAAAUUCCUGGGUCAGACCAAACAGAAAGGGAUUGUUUUUUUUCCAUUUAUUGUUGGACCUUUGGACUCGGACUGGGCGCGGGCACAGUGAGAGGAAGGCGAUGGGGAGAUGGACUUUUCAUCUCUCGGUGGGGCUUGGGCUUCUAGCCCUCUCGUUGACCUGCUGUUAUGGUGAAGUGAACUACUGCUUUGCCUCCAAGGCCAAGACCUGCUCAGAAUGCCUGCAGUCUGGAGUAGGUUGCGCAUACUGCCCUGAUGAGACCUUUAAUGGCCCUCGCUGUGACCUUCAAGCGAAAAUACUUGCACUUGGCUGCAGUGCUGCGGCCGUCAUCACAGCUAAAAGCAGUAAGAUGAUGAAACAGGAUCAAAGGAUCAACAUGAAGCUGAAUCAGUCCCAGGUGUCACCACAGCUGAUGAGCAUGACCUUUCUGCCAGGAGAGGUGAAGACGGUGGAUGUGGAGGUGUUUGCUCCAACCAGAGGUCCUUUGGACCUUUAUAUUCUUAUGGACUUCUCUUACUCCAUGGCUGACGAUUUGGACAACCUGAAGAAGAUGGGCAAAGAGCUGGCUUCACUGGUGCAGAAGCUGUCAGGGGACUACACCAUCGGCUUUGGAGAGUUUGUGGACAAAGUAACUGAGCCACAGACGGACAUGAGACCAUCCAAACUCGAGAAGCCGUGGCCUGACAGCGAUCCUCCUUUCUCCUUCAAAAACGUCAUCAAGCUGACCAGUGACUUGGAAUUUUUUACCAGUGAGCUACAGAAAGAGAAGAUAUCUGGGAACGUGGAUGCUCCUGAGGGGGGGUUUGAUGCCAUACUGCAGGCUGCUGUGUGUACGGACAAGAUCGGCUGGCGAGCCCACAGCACACAUCUCCUGGUUUUCUCCACUGAGUCCGCCUUUCACUAUGAGGCCGACGGUGUCAACGUGCUCGCUGGCAUUCUGCCGCGCAAUGACGAGGAAUGCCACCUGGGUACAGAUGGAAAAUACAAAAAGGCUACACUCCAGGAUUACCCAUCGAUACCAACACUAGUCCGUGUCCUGCGCAAAAAAAACAUCAUCCCCAUCUUUGCUGUCACCAACCACUCUUACAUUGCCUAUAAGAAACUCGCAGAGUAUUUUCCUAUUGCUGAGGUUGGUUUGCUGCAAGAAGACUCAUCCAAUAUCCUCCAAGUCAUGGAGAUUGCUUUUGAGAAUAUUCGAUCCAAGAUGAGUAUCCAGGCGGAGGACCAACCCAAAGCUUUUACAUCACAAUUCCUGAAAACCAGUGGAGGUGUUGCAAAAGAUGGGGCCUUCGAUAUCAAGCCUGGGGCGAUAGGCAAGUUCAAAAUGGAGCUCACAGCCCUGAGAGCAUUCGGUGGGGAUCCAGUUUGUGAGAUUGAUCAGAGCCAGAAAGCGGGUCGAAUAAAAGUCAAGCCAACAACCUUUAAUGCUGCUGUCAACGUGGAGGCUUCAGUUUUGUGUCCAACCUGCGAGUGUGAGAAGACCAAAGUCCCAAAGGCUGCCAGAUGCUACGGCAAUGGUGACCUGGUGUGUGGGAGGUGUAACUGCAACGAAAACUGGCUGGGUAAGUUCUGUAACUGCUCAGCAACUGCUGCAUCUCAGGACAGCAGCCAGUGUAUCUCUCCCGGCUCCACCGAACCGUGCUCAGGUCGUGGGGACUGCACCGAGUGUGGAGAGUGUGUGUGCUACGACCCAGAACAGUUUGAAGGACCCUACUGUCAGUAUGAUAAGACCCAGUGUCAGCGAUAUGGAGGAUUCCUCUGCAAUGACCGUGGCUCAUGCUUAAUGGGUCGCUGUGCAUGCACAGAAGGCUGGGAGGGCAAAGCUUGUGAGUGUACCAAGAGCAACCAAACCUGUCUGGACAUUAAAGGCGGUAUCUGCAACGGGCGAGGUAAAUGUGUCUGCGGCCGCUGUGAGUGUCCAACCUCUGAGAUUGCAAUGACUCCAACCUGUGAGCCAAAUUUCCAGGCCCAGUUGGGAGUGUGUGAGGCUAUGAGGACUUGUGUCCAGUGUCAGGGCUGGAAGACAGGAGAGAGGAAAGACAAAGAGGAGUGUGAUAAGUGCCCUUUCAAAAUACUCAUGGUGGAUGAACUCAAAGAAGCCAAGAAGGUGCUUGAUUCUUGCAGCUUCCGUGAUGAGGAUGACGACUGCACAUUCCACUACACAGUUGAAAACCCAAAAGAUCCAGCAGUGAAAGAUUUGGAGGUUCAGGUGCUCAAAAAGAAAGACUGCCCUCCUGCCAGCCUCCUGUGGCUGCUCCCUCUUCUCUUGUUCCUCUUGUUGCUGCUGGCACUUUUGCUACUCUGCUGCUGGAAAUACUGCGCCUGCUGCAAAACAUGCUGCCAGAGCUGCCUUGCCCUGCUGCCCUGCUGCAGAAAAGGUCGCAUGGUCGGCUUUAAGGAAGAUGAGUAUUUGCUCCGCCAGUCCCUCCUCACCUCAGACCAUCUGGACACACCGAUGGUGAGGACCGGCCCACCCAAGGGGACGGAUGUGGUCCGCUGGAAGAUAAACGAUAACGUCCACCGAGGACCCAAUCACCCCCAGAAUCUGAUAAAGCCAAACCCUAAAGAGAUAAUCCAGUACCCAGUCUCCCUGCGACUGAACAGACAGUUUUCUGAGAACCUGUCUCGGCCUGAAUCCCGAGAUGCUGAACAGCUCCGUAAAGAAGUGUCCGACAACCUCAAUGAAGUGUACAAGCAAAUACCGGGCGCACAGAAGGUGCAGAAGACCUCGUUUAGGAUGCAGAGAAAUGCAGGAAAGAGGCAAGAUUACGCCAUCAUGGACACCGUCUUAUCUGCUCCCCGAGUCAGCUUCCUUGAUAUCGUCAAACUUACUGAAAAAAAUGUCCAGUCAGGAAAGGUCAAUGAUCUCAAAGUGGUGCCUGGCUACUACACCGUGGCCACAGACAGAGAGGCUGCGGGAGCCGUAGAGUUCCAAGAAGGUGUGGAAUCGGUAGACGUUCACGUGCCCCUCUUUGUCAAGGAUGAAGACGAUGACAAGAAACAGCUGCUGGUGGAGGCCGUGGAUGUGCCACUGGGAAUAGCUGGGAUUGGAAAACGCAACGUCAACAUCACCAUCAUCAAAGAGCACGCCUCUAGCGUCUUCUCAUUCCUCCAGCCGGCCUACACGUACAGUAGGCAGGACGGGGUGGCCAACAUCCCAAUCAGCAGAGAGAUUAUAGAGGAUGGAAGGACACAGGUCUCCUAUCGCAGUCGAGACCUCACCGCCAAGGAUAAGAAAGACUAUGUAACUGUGGAAGGAGACCUGACCUAUGCUCCUGGUGAGACCACCAAAACAGUGCCUGUUCGUCUGCUGGAGCUGGGAGAGAAAGAAGGCCUCUUGGAAGACCAUCAGGUCAAGCAGUUUGUCAUGGAUCUCAGUAACCCACGACAGGGUGCCAAGCUGGGACGCUACCCGAGAACGACUGUCACCAUCGCAGACCCUCCAGAUCCCAGUGUGAUAACAUUCAAAAAAGGCACCCAGAACUACUCUACAUCUGACCCAGCCUACACCAUCCCUGUGGUCCGCACUCGCAACCAAGAGAGCCCCGCAACAGUGAAAUGGCGCACCAAGAAAGCCCAGCGAUUUGAUCUGUCUGGCCCACUUAAGUUUGGUCCUGGAGAGACAGAGAAGUUUGUUGUGAUCGACCCAAAGGCCCAUCCUGGACCAAUCAAACCUGAGACCUUCCAACUGGAGCUGUUUGACCCGAGUAGCGGUGCUUCUAUCGGAGACAGGAAGACCACGCUUGUCAACAUCACUGAUGGACCUCAAAAAUCUCCAGAAUUCGCCCCGAUGCAGCAGAAGGGCUUCAUCAACCAGAAAGCCACCUCCCCUGGAGGUCACCUUCUCUCUCCAGCCAAUCCUAGGGCCAAAGCAACUGGGCCGAGAAGCAUCCGACUCAACUGGGACCCACCACCCGGUAACCCCGCGGGCUACAAGGUGAAAUAUUGGAUCUAUGGCGACCCAGAGAAAGAUGCCCAGGUCUUAGAUGUAAAGAGUCCUCAAGCCGAUCUGACCAACCUGUACUCGUAUUGUGACUACGAGAUGCGAGUGUGCGGCUACAACUCAACGGGAGAAGGCCAUAGCACAGACAUGGUUGCCUGUCAAACACUGGAGGAUGUGCCCGGUGAACCUGGACGUCUCGCCUUUAACGUCAUCAGUCCAACUGUCACGCAGGUCAGCUGGGCGGAGCCUGCAGAGACCAACGGCAACAUUACUGCUUAUGAGGUCAUCUACACACCCAUCGAUGACGACAUGAAGCCGGUGGGUGCUGCUAAGAAAGUAAAGAUCGACAAUCCCAAGAAGAGAAUGCUGCUGAUUGAGAACCUGCAGAGCGCCCAGACCUACCAAUACAAAGUCCGAGCUAAGAACAGUGUGGGCUGGGGCCCCUUCAGAGACGCCACCAUCAAUCUGGCCUCUCAGCCAGCCAGACCUCUGUCCAUUCCCAUCAUUCCUGACAUCCCUAUCGUGGAUGCAGAAGCAGGAGACGAGUACGACAGCUACCUGAUGUACAGCAGUGAGGUGCUGAAGUCCCCUGCAGGCUCCAAGACACCCAGCGUUUCUGGUGAUGAUUACGCCAUGAAUGGGAAGUGGGAUCAGAACUUCCUUUUCCCAGGCGGGUCAGGAACACGCAACCUGUCAGCGUCGUCUUCUCCGAUGUCCACUUUGAGCUCCAACUACAGAGUGGGAGGGGGAGGCGGCACCUUCACAACAGAGACAACCACCACCUACAUGACCGGACCAGGAGGCACUCGUAGGCAGGAGAUGAUCGGAGGAGUCGGAGGACUAGGAGGAGUUGGAGGACUAGGAGGCGUAGGAGGCAUGGGAGGCAUGGGAGGCAUGGGAGGCAUGGGAGGAAUAGGAGGAGGAGGACUUCACUCAACAGAGGUCAUCAUGAGGAAGCGCUCAGAGAACAGGGGGUACACAGAUGAGCACAUCAGGGACUCUAUCGUCAUGGGAGAUUUGUCCACCAAGUUGCAAAGUCCCGGUGGGUUCGGCUACACUGGGAUGCAGAGCAGCUCUCACAGCCAGUUCAGCUUCAACCAGUCUCAGAGUCCAAGGUCCAGGAACCUGUCUACAGAUGUCAAUGAAGCUCUGUAUAAUCUGGAUAGGGUGCUCCAGGAUGCUCGACUUUCUCCAGGUGUUCCUGACACCCCCAGCAGACUGGUGUUCUCUGCUCUGGGUCCCACUGCCCUCAAAGUCAGCUGGCAGGAGCCCCACUGUGAGAAAGACAUCCAGGGCUACAGUGUUCUCUACCAGCUGCUCAAUGGAGGCGAGCCGAAGCGCAUUAAUGUGAGCAACCCUGCAGAGAACUCUGUCAUCAUCCAGGACCUGCUGCCAAAUCACUCCUACCUAUUUAAGGUGAAGGCCCAGAGCCAGGAAGGCUGGGGUCCAGAGAGAGAGGGAGUCAUCACCAUCGAGUCUGCUGUGGACCCAAAGAGUCCUCUCAGCCCCAUGCCAGGCUCGCCUUUCACUCUGAGCACUCCCAGCGCCCCAGGCCCGCUGGUCUUCACUGCCCUGAGUCCUGACUCCCUGCAGCUCAGCUGGGAGAAACCUCGUAAACCCAAUGGAGACAUCCUGGGAUAUGUAGUCACCUGCGAGCAGUUGCAUGGCGGAGGAGACGUACGCACCUUCCAGGUGAAUAGCGACAGUGCUGAGACCAGUAUGACCGUCCCAAACCUGACAGAGAACGUCCCCUACAAGUUUAAAGUCCAGGCUCGAACCACACAGGGCUUCGGUCCAGAGAGAGAGGGCAUCAUCACCAUUGAGUCUCAGGAUGGAGGUGCGAUGUCUCAGUACAACAUGCAGUCCAUGCAGCUGGAAGACAUUUCCCAGAUGCCGCUGCGAACCAAUGACGCCAUGCUCGACUCCUUCUUCUCAGAUGGGAUGAUGAUGACCACACAGCACACAGAGACCAGCGGCAUGAUGACCCGCCAAGUCACCAAGGAAGUGGUUCAGAGGAGCGUCACUGGUGGAGCCACCGUCACAAAGAAGAUGUUUUACGAAUCUUAAACCCUGAAAUAACUCCACCACCAAAACUGAACCAAAACCAUGACUGACAUUGAAUCAUACCUGAGAGCCUCGGCUUCAGAGAGCUCCAACACAUCACUGCAUGUUUCGAUGUGAGAGAUUUUACAACCAAAAGCAGUCGUGUAAUAAUGGAGGGAGAGAAGGCGGCGUUGUCCUGUCUGUUACAAACUGUGGCUCCACACCUAAAGUUAUUUUAAUCAUUACAUUCAAAUGUUGUUUUGUCGUAUUUCACUCCUGUUUAUUUCCACUAAGCAUAUCAUGUUUUGUCAGACUCUGCUCCCUCUCUCGGUUAAGACCUGGAAACACACUCAGGCUUUAAGUCCAGCCUGCACAGAGCAGUAAUCGGAAUGCGGCUCAGUAAUCCAAAGUGACCUUUGCCUCUGUCUCCCAUCCUGCACCUGUCUGUAAGAGGUGUCCGUCUGUGUGAAGACUUGCUCUGUUUCAGGUUCAGCCUGCAGGAGAGAUUGACUUCAGGUCUCUGUGGAUCUUUUAAAAGGUUUAUCAUUUCCAGCUAAGUGUUUUUUUUUCUAAUCCUGAGUGAUCAAGAUAAUAAAAGCGGUGUAUUUGGGAGUUCUGUUUAUAGUUUUGUAUUAUACGAACAUGUUUUUUAGCAUAUUUAAUACUGUGUAAGAUUAUUACUUCAGCAGACUGACGUUAGAUUUAAUGCCAAAUAAAGAGGACUUUUAUUUUGAUGAGUAGGAGGAAGAGGAAUGAUUUUACAGGAAACACAGACUGACGAGCAAAGACCUUUGAGAUGUGACUCGCUUCUGCAAUUCAUAAAUUCAUUUUAUUCUUACAAAUCUGGUUUCAAGUAGACCCUUUCAUGUAUUGCAUUCUGAGUAGAUGUAUCUGCCUUCAUUAGUGAGAUCUAUAGAGAUAGUGUACAAAGACAGAAAGAUUGUAUUUGCUUUCAUGCAAGCUCUACUGUAUUCUGGGUCCACUUCUUGUUAUAAAACAUUUCUUGAGUGGGUAUAUCUGUCAGAGAAUCCCAUGUGGGAGAACUUCACACCAAAAGCACACUCAGCUAAGUAUUCUUUUCAUAAACAUUUAUCCAUUACUUUUCUCUACAUUGUUCCUUUUUUGUCAACUCUAUUGCACUUAAUAAAGAUAUGAAAGAAUA